CACCGUCCCCACUCUGGCCUCUUUAUAUACACACUCUCCCCGGCCUCCCAAGUCCCCCCUCUCUCUAAACUCUCUCUCUCAUUGCAUGUCCAGACUCGAUCCAACUCUUCGAGAUCAACAACACAUUCUGUAACAAAUAUAUAUAUAUAUAUAAUUAGGAGUUCUGUGACCGUGAAUUUUGGGUGUUCAUAGAGAGAAUGACAAUGAGCAACAAUAUGGGACAGUUCGGCGAUACGACGAUGACCAAAGUCUUCGUCGGAGGUUUAGCUUGGGAGACCACCAAGGAGGCCUUGAGAGACCAUUUCGACAACUACGGCGAGAUCUUGGAGGCCGUCAUCAUCUCCGACAAGGUCACCGGCAGAUCCAAGGGCUACGGCUUCGUGACGUUUAAGGACGCCGAGUCGGCUAAGAAGGCGUGCGAGGAGGCCACGCCGGUCAUCAACGGACGCCGAGCGAACUGCAACCUGGCUUCGCUCGGUGCUCGGCGACCGAGGUCGGCAAUGACUACGCCGACUCAACAAGGAUCGAACGUUGGACAGAGAUCCACGUCGCCGGCACAUGCGGGUCACGUGCAGUGGUACUACCCGCCGGCGGCGGCGGCUACGACGCCGUAUCAUCAGAAUCACCAUCAGGCUGUUCCUUUCUAUGGGUACUCUCCGACCUACAUUGCCGCGGAUAUUAGUUACAAUCAUAAGCUAAGCUACACCGGUGGGUCCUACAUGAAUGGGCAUUUCUCUCAAGUGUAUCCCGGCCAGCCCAUGAUGGGUGCCAACACAUUGAUGCCAAUGUACCCUCUCUAUCACUACCAUCAAUCACACACAGCAGCUCGCCUUCCACCACAGAUCUAUUCACCAUCACCAGCUGGUCCAAUGACCACAGUCCCAACGAUCAUCUCAAAGCCCGCAUCAAUGGCUCCUAACACAGUUUGUUUGGCUGUGGAAUAGGUACAGUUGGCACAGGUGAAGCUUUUAAAAAGAGUGGAUAGAGCACUUAGUGGGCAAAUAACAAAAGGAUGGGGAUGGUGGAUGCUUACAACAACAACAUUAUUAUAUGAUCUGUGUCAGCUCUCUCUUCUUUCUUUUUUUCUUUUUUCUUUUUUUUUUUUUUUUUUUUCCUUAUUCUUAGAUGUCUGAUUAGAUUCAUUUGUUCCUCUCUAUCUAACCUGCAUCUCAACUUGAGCUGCAAACGUUAAAAAAUUUAUUGUAACAGUUGUCAUGUUAGUUUCUCAUAUUCUAUAUAUAAAAAGCUUUCAUGGCUCCAUUGAACUCUUCUGCAUAAAGCC